AGGACAUCUUCAUCCUUCAUGGGAAAGACAAGAAGAACCCUCUCAUCUACGGCCUGUUUACCACUUCAAGUGAUAUCCUCAACGGUUCGGCCGUGUGCGUCUAUCGAAUGGAGGACGUUGUUCGAGCUUUUAAAGGAAACUUCCUGCACAAAGAGGGGCCUCAGUACAAAUGGGCCGAGUUCACAGGGAAGGUGCCCUAUCCACGACCAGGAACGUGUCCCAGCAGCACAUAUGGAAGCUACAGCUCGACCAGAGAAUAUCCUGACGACGUCAUUUUCUUCAGCAGGACUCAUCCACUACUGCAGGAGAACGUGCUACCGCUAGGAGAGCGCCCCCUCCUGGUCAGAGUGGGAGCUCACUACAAGUUCAGCAAACUGCUGGUGGACAGAGUGGAGGCCGUGGAUGGCACCUACGACGUCCUGUUCAUCGGCACAGACUCGGGACUCGUGCUGAAGGCCAUCCAUCUGCCCAGAGAACACGGUCAGAGUCAGGAGGUCACUCUGGAGCAGCUGCAGGUCUUUCAGCACAAAUCACCGGUGACAGCGAUGACACUCUCAAAGAAAAAGCAGUGGUUGUUCGUGGGCUCCAGGGAGGGCGUGUCCCAGCUGGGCCUGUACCAGUGCGAGCUGUACGGUCAGGCCUGCGCCGAGUGCUGCCUGGCCAGAGACCCCUACUGCACCUGGGACGGGCAUGCGUGCAGCCCCUACAUGCCCACAGUCCGCAGGAGAAACGCUCGGCAUUUAGGCGAAGAUGAAGAUCCACUGACUCAGUGUGUCAGACAAGGAGCCGGGCUGCAGGUGGAGGCAGAGCAGAGGGUGAUGAUGGUUGCAGAGGGCAACAGCACCUACCUGGAGUGUUUACCUCGAUCCAGACAUGCUGCAGUCACCUGGUACAAACAGGCCGGAGAGAACAGUCCUGAGCUGAACCAGGUGGUAACAGGUGACCAGCUGGUGGUGAUCGAGCGGGGCGUCCUGAUUCGUCGAGCCGAGCUGUCUCACGGCGGCGUCUACCACUGCCAGGUGGAGGAGCACGGCUACCACUGGACCGCCGUCACCGUCCGCCUCGCCGUCUGGAGCCCCUCGGCCAACCGCCUCCUCGCCUCCUGGUCCAGCCCGUCCUAUCAGAGCGCUGGAACGCAGCCGUGGUACGAGGACGUGAUGGCGCUGAUCCACCCGGGAAACCUCGGCCAGCACUGCAAGGCUCUGGGGUACCGCCCGCCGCGCAACCAGCGUCGCCACGGCGGCAUCAUGCCGGCGCCACUCAAGGAGAAGGAGAGGGGGGAGAGGCACAAGCACGGGGGAGGAAGAGGAGGAGGAGGUGGAGGAGGAGGAGGAGGAGGAGGAGGAAGAGCAGCAGGGAGGAAGAGCAGGAGCAAGCCCCAGCAGAGGGCGCCGAGGAGCGCCUGAACGAGCUGCUUCACAGUGACUCUAACAUGUUGUGUAACGUCCACACAUACGCACACAUGUACACAUGCACACACUUAACUUAUACACUGAGACACACACACACACACACACACACGCACAUACUGUAUGUACAGAGACGACUCCAUGCGCAUGCACUUAUCUACAAACGAGAAACGUCAUCCUUUCAUUAUCGUGACAAACGUUCAAGCUAAGCUACACAUAAAUAACCGAAGUACAGCAAAGACUGUCGUUCCCUCGGACAAGUGACUCUGUGAAUAAAAAGUAGGAAACCUUAGGUUGCAUGAAUGAAGGACGAGCGUCAGUUUGGCGGACUGUCGUGACAAAAGGACAUUGGAGUGGAUGUUUUGAAGCUGGAACCUCCGCAGGAAAAAAAAACCAAAAAAACAAGUCUUGGUCCCGAAGUUGAAAUUCAGCACUCGAAAAAAAAAAAAUCCUCCUCUGAAUUGAUUCCUGCCUUAAAGCUUCAUAGUUUUGGCUUUGCAUGUUUUUCUCCAUUACUUACCAAUCACACACACACACACACACACUCGCAAUUACUCUCCAAAAUACAACAGAUGUUUUUAGAUGGAUUUCCUUCCUUCCGGGCAAAAAAGCGGUUUUCAUUAAUUUCAUCAUGCGGAAACGCUUAAGAGAUGCUGAAAGUCAUGGUGUUGUGGCCGCAAGAGGCAUUUUCUCAAAGUUUUCAUUCAGUUUGCGUUCAAAAUUUCUAGGACGCUCUCUUCUCGAGACGUCUGAGAAUUAAAAAUCAGCAACUCGGACGCAUUUGGUUGAUGUGUUUUGUGGUUGGAAAGCCAAACGCCACCACACUGCCACAUAAAUGGACAUGUUUACUUCUAAUGUGACAAAAAAAAGGAAAAGAGUUUGAUUAUUCUGUUAGUUAAAAAAAGAUGUGUUUUGGAAAGUAAUCAGCAGUGAUUGAUAUUUAAAGGGAUGAUGCAUUCAAAGCCACGUUAGUAGCAGCUAAUUAUUAGAUUAGCAGUAAAUAGCACCGAUGACUCGUAGUUUUUUCCCCCUAACGUUACACAAACCUUCAAACGGUUCACCUACAGCGAGAGCCGAGCUUUGCUGGCUUCUAGGUGGGGUCCGACCGCCAGACCGCAGAGAUGAAAGGUGGAGAAAAGCUGCAGCUUUGAUGAGGUCGCACGUCGACUUUCCCACGACGUUAGCGGUUUUGGCUGCAGACUCGCUGGAGGACGUGUUUCCAUUAUGUUCCCCUCGGCCCUCGGUUCUGUAGGUUGAGCUGGCACCGAUGCUGUGCCACGACGGCCGAAGCUGUAUGCGUGGGAACAGCAAGAAGGUGGAUCUCAGAAAACAAAAACAACAAAAAAUCCUAUUUUGAGCGUUGGUUUGUCAGGAGUCACGUGUGCACACGUUGUACAGAUUUAGGGAAAGUUUAUUAAGAAAUUCCUGCAUGUCAGCUCCAAUAAACAAACUUCAUAAUUGAUUGUAUUUCAAAUCGUAUUUCUAGCAAGAGAAAAGUGACAUUUUUGAAGCCCUGGAUCUGUCACACAAAGACAAGUUCUAUCAAUCCAAAUGAUUCUCCAGAAGCGUUUGAUUCAAAGAGGACUGAACUAUGAACCGAGCUGGCCAGAGACUCUGUACAGACCCUGCAUGUUUCUCAAACUAUGGGCCCUUAGGGUGGGUUCUGGACCAACAACAAAAAAAAAAAAAGAAGAAGAAGAAGAAGAAGUGGAGUAUUAUAUAGCUGGUUCUGCGGCUCCAGCUGGUAACGACAUCUGACUGUAAAUUACGAAGCCGGCCCGGCGUAUUAUAAAGACGCCUUUAUUACACGAAGCUGGAACCGGAGAACGUGCUAAACGGGACUGGCGUCGAGCGAACUCCGGCCUCCAGCGACUUUGCGAGGCAGUAAAUUGUGAUUUGUUUCUAAAUGUUCAAAUGUUAAACCAACACAGCUUCCUCCGCCUCUAUUUAACUUUCUCCUCAGUGGUAUUUAUUAUUUUCAUCCGGAGUGAUUGUUUCGGAACUUGCAGGAACAUCAUCAGGUCACCAAACGGACGCUUAUUUGACGUGUUCGUUGGUUUGCUUUUGUCUGUUUUGUGUGUGAACUUCUUUCUGGUGAAAACCGUGUGCAAGAUAUUUGCAUUUAGUUGGAGUGAGCAGGAGCUAAAAGUAUGUUUUAAAUGGGAUAAUACAAACCAGAUGCUUCAAACUCUUGUUUACGAAUCACACUGCAUUAGAGAUUUUUAAAAAUAAUCAAAAGUUAAACCCCCAUCAGAGAACCAAGUGUGAAGGACGGAGCCAGAUGGACUAAAUUGAAACUUAACUCUGAUUUGUGUGCUAAACUGGAUUCAUUUACAUGCCUGGUUAAGUCGAAUAACAACAGCAUCAUGUUUUUAUAGAUUUAAUCCCACAACGCUGAGCACGUAUCUGUAACAUCUGUAAUAUAUGUAGUUUCCUGCAGGUUCCCGAUCUUUCUCACUCUUCUGGUUGUAUGUAUUUCUGUAUAUGUGUUUUUACUCUUUGUGUGUGUGUUUGACAUCAGCGGGAUCGGAGUGAAAGCAGCUCAAACAAAGGUUCAGAGGCCGAGCCAGUAAAUCUGCCAAACGGGGAGCUCGGCAGCGGCCCGGAGACACUUUUGAUGCUGUAAGAAAAAUAAACCAGAGCAACCGAAAGCGCAGCGAGCUCACGGAGAAAAUUAAAAAUGGGCUCGACUCCUCGGUUUCUUGGCUUCAGCCACAUGAAAGAGCUCGGCUGCUUCUGAGCGUGUGUUUGAGUCGAAAAAGAAAGGAGGAGAGUUCAGAAGGCGAUGUGUGAGGCUGAGCGUGUCGAGGCUGUGGAAGUGUCAGGGAGCCACUUCUGAAACAUGAAAACGUGUGUGGGUGAGCGUAACGCUGGCAGAAGAACCCAAAUGAAAUCAGCAUUUGGCUCCUUCUCCUAAUAUACGUUAUUAUUAUGGCACGGUGUCAAAAUGUCAGUGAAGCUGUGAAACAUGGUGAUCGCUGCUGCUCAUUGGUUGGUGGGAUUUCUUUUUCUCUUCAAGGAAGGAUUUGUUGGUUUUUAUAGAAAUGGCUGUAAUAUUAUCUGAACACUCUAAUUUUAUCAAGAUAAAAGGGCACUUAAGUUGUUAGCAUUCAAUACAACAUAUUCUAUGAGUUGUAGCCAUUUGUCUUCUCAAAAAAAGGCAGUGAAGCUAGCAGUUAGCUUAGCUUAGCACAAGAUUAGAAAGCCGCUCAUUUUAACUUAUAGAAAAUUACACUUACUUUGCUAACAUUCAAAACAACAUAUGCUAUGAGUUGUAGCUAUUCAUGUCGUCAAAAAAAAGUAUGAAGCUAGCAGUUAGCUUAGCUUAACACAAGGUCAGAAAGCUGUUCAAUUUAACUAAUAGAAAAUUACACUUCGCUAACAUUCAAAACAACAUAUACUAUGAGUUGUAGCCAUUCAUGUCAUCAAAAAAAGUGUGAAGCUAGCAGUUAGCUUAGCUUAGCACAAGGUUAGAAAGCCGUUAAUUUUAACUAAUAGAAAAUGACACUUACUUUGCUAACAUUCAAAACAACAUAUCCUAUGAGACAUAGCUAUUUAUUUUGUUAAAAGGCAGUGUGAAGCUAGCAGUUAGCUUAGCUUAGCACAAGGUUAGAAAGCCAUUAAUUUUAUCUAAUAGAAAAGUACACUUACUUUGCUAACAUUCAAAACGACAUAUCCUAUGAGACAUAGCUAUUUAUGUUGUUCAAAGCAGUGGGAAGCUACCGCUAGCCACCAGUUAGCUUAGCACACAGUUUGAAACCAGCAGCUAGCCUGUCAAACUAUUUAUACCGCUGUCUUACGACGGAACAUGUGAGCUCGCAAUUACAAAACGGGAAAUUGUGUACCCCGAAUGUUGGUGUCAAAUUGGUAAAAUAUCUUUGCGAGGCGACGGCAACGUAACUGAGAUUCCACCAAACCUAAACAUUUAGCAUGCUAGCAAGCUAAUGUAAGAAAAGAAAAAAAAACUUAAUGAGAAUUCUAGGCCUAUAAACGAGAAGAAAAAAAACAACAACAUGCUAAAAUUUCAAUAUAUUUUUCGUCAUCACGUGGUAACAUCGGCUACAAGUUGUGAAAGUAACUCUGCUAGAAGAGGCCACUGAGCACGGUGAUGAGCCAGUGUAGGAAAUGUAAAAGGCAUAGUUAGGUCAAGGAUGAGCCUUUAUUUGUUGAGAAAAUUCAUGUUUUUCCAUAAAAUUACAAAAAAAGACAUCAUACUAAAAUGACAACAUCUUAUUCUCCUCUAGUUGCACAAAAUAGGUCAGGUUGUGUUGAAGUCUUUGAGAAAACGACCAAACUUCUCACCUCAUUUGUGACCUCAGUAAACAUUUUCCUGACUGGUUUAUGGUCUCAAUUGCUAGUUUGUUGAAUAUAGCAAGUUUGUUUAGCAAGUUAUGGUCACAUUUAAAAAAGCAACAUAUUGCUUUUAUAGUGUCUUAGUCAGAUCGUUGUUUAUUUCGUCUGGUUUCAAAAGACCAAGAUGCUGACGGCCAAAUUUAAAACCCAAGGCUUCAAAAGGGAAUCGAGUGUUCGUAUGAAGUUUUUCUCGUGAACAUGGUGAACACAACCCCAUCUGAAGUCACUGAGAAUAAAAGAAGUGUUGAAGUCAUAUCAAGCAGCCCGCGGUAGACGUAGCCUUUAGGGAACAGUUUGCUGGUGAGGAUAGAUGCAGCCAAAAUGCAAACAAAACAAAGUUUAACGCUCCUCUUAGGCCCCAAACUUUCUGUUUUGAUCUAAUAAAACACCAGCUUUGGUUUCAUUCGGACUCUUCUGCCAGUUCCCUCGAACAAGCACACACGAGCUCCACCAGCCUAAAAAUAUAACAUCAUUGUGCUCGUGCUGACCCUGCCUUGUGGAUGUUGUGUGUAUAUGAGAGUGUAACUUGUGUAUAUUUGUGUCAGAUCCAAGCGGGAGGCAGAACUCCUACCAGACAUUUUUGCGGAGGACCAGUUUAAACAUUCAGCCGCUCGAAGACGUGGUGCAGCGCCGCUCCUCGUUCGCUACAACGGCCUCGUGUGUUCCUCUGUAUUUACAUCUCAGUGCCAACGUUCGUCUCUUGUGAUUUUUCCAGAAGCGUUUCUCUGCAAACGAAUGAUCUCCGCUCAUGUGCAGAGACUUUGUUUUUUCUUUGUGUAAAUAUGUAUAAAGGUCUGCUUUCAAACGA